AGUCCAAGAGGCAGUGCAUGCACAGUAAGGGGCGGGGAUUUGCGGUUAAGUUUAGAAGUGUUGUCACAAGCUGUUAGUGUCGGACAGUUCUGCCCGGGGAUUCAGGAGCUCGGUUUCCGGGUUCGGAAGUGACAGUGUGCCGGUACCGCUGGGCCCCUAUACGCACUCACAUCUGCUCAUUGCAGGUUAGCCAGCUUGUUGGGGAUUAUUAUGGAAUCCAUCAUGAACAACAUUAUGAUAGCCUCCUUCAUUCUCUGGUCGCUGUAUACAGAAUGUCUUUCAGUCAGGUUUCAGGUCUCAUCAGUACCAUCAGUAUCUGUGGUGCUUGGGUCAGAUGUGCUGUUACCUUGUCGUCUGGCUCCUGAGAAGAAUGGAGAGAAGAUGGAAAUCCGUUGGUUUAAAAAGAUAUACCGGCCCUAUGCUCAUCUUUAUAUUAAUAGGAAAGACGAUUACACAGCCCAGAUGCCACAGUUUGCUGACAGAACAGAACUGCUAAAAGAGAACAUCACUAGGGGAAUUUUCCCUUUAAAGAUCCGUAACGUCACAGCUCAGGAUUCUGGGGAAUAUCAUUGUUAUGUUGAGUCCAGUGACCAUCACGGCAUGGCAACAGUACAGCUACAGGUUACUGCCAUUGGAACUGUGCCGGUUAUUUCAUCAAUUACGAAUGACGCCGUUUCUUGUGAGUCCCGUGAUUGGCAUCCAAAACCUCAUCUGACAUGGACUGAUAACGAGGGAAACAAAAUAAACUGCUCUAUGAUGAAAGUGUUUAGAGAUGAGAAUAAUUUAUAUAAUAUCCUUGGUAUUAUCCAGCAACCAAAUGCUUCAAAUGUCACUUGCACUGUCUCCAAUUCUAUAAAUCACAGCAAUGAUUCCAGGCAGAUCAGAGGAUUGGACCAUUCACAGUCAUCCAGGGGUACUCACAGUCACGUUUAUUUAAUCGGUGCCAGCUUUAUAUUGAUUUGCUUUGGGUGCAUUUGCUUUCUAUUGAGGAGUCUGGGAGCCCUUCAGAGGAAAUACGGAGCCCUUCAGAGGAAAUACGAAGCGCUUCUGGGGACACAGCCCAAGCCGGCAAAUGGAACCCCACACACCGAAGCUCAUUCUCCAGUCUGACCUGCUGGUUGAACCAGAGGCUGCUGAUCCCCCUUUAUCUGAAGCCUUUGCCACUUUGAAAUCUUGGAAGAAAUUUGUCCCCCCAGUGAGACAACCGUGCCAGUCUCUGCAUCAACUUUGUAGGAGUUCACGUCAGUAACCCUGUAUUCAGGGGCAAUUCUGCCCCAAUCACUGCCCUUAGGUGCCUACCUGAUACUGCCCCCUUGCAACCUUACCAGCAUUUGCUCCCCUACAAGGGUUAUGAGGGGCUGCAGUGCUAGUUCAGUUGAACUCUCUGCACUUACAAUUUCUAGCAUAAACAAACCCAUGCUGGACAUUUUUUACCAGCUUAGCUGCUUUACUUUAUGCUCUCCAAAAGACAGAUUGUCCGUAUAUAUUUAAUCAGUCCAACUGCGCCACCAUCACCCCUGGUCUGACCAGUAGGUAUGUGUGGGGCCCACCCCAAGAUUCAGAAGGGAUUUAAGAACCCCCUCAGGUCACAUAAGCGAGAGGAGCCUCCCCAGGGAUUAAGUCAUCUGAGAGGGGUGGGUAUGUACAGGGAUGUACAACAGGAAGGAGCUUUGUGAGAAAUAUGGAUCGUGAUUCCUCCAUUUGAUUUAUCAGCCCCUUAGCUUUUGGUGCCAUUAUGCACCCCAUGUCCGGGAGAUUUCUAUAUAUUUAAUGUACAUAUAUCUACAUAAUUUACUGAAGCGUUUGUAUUUGAUGCCAUGGAUUGUAUAUAAAAGUGUAGAAAAAAAUUGGUUACUUUUCAGAAGAUGCUUGAUGUACAGUAUAUUCCGCAGUGUAAUAUUUUCUACUAUGUAAAUGUAUUUAAUUACAUUAAUAUUAGUAAAUUUUAUAAUGAAUAUUUUGUAAAUACAGACACUUGGAAGUUUCUCAUUUU